AUAAACAACCAAAAGAGGCCUACUUAAAUCCACGUUUCUAUGUUUACUAACAGAAUAACGUGCAAAUCAUGUCAGAUUACAGCAUUAGUAGAAAAUAAUUAGGAACUAAUUAUUUUCUACUAAUGAACUUUGAGGAGCCUUUUAAAUAUUCUUUCCUUGAGGUGCUCUUACAAAUUUCUCAGGACCCUAGAUUCGAGUGUACACUACUGAAAUAAUUAUGAUUUUUCUACUUUUGGGGGAAUAUGACCAUAUCGUGAUCUGCGACAGAAAAAUAGCCCAAGCUUGGUAACUUAUAGGCAGCGAUCCGUCAGGAAUUAAGAGAAAACAUCACAGAAGGGUAUCAAUUCGAAUGGCAUACUCGUAGCACCCUUGGGCAAACCCCUAGAUGUUUUUAUUUAUUUAUUUUUUAAAAGAAAGAAAAUUGUAAGUUUAAAAUCCAUUUGGUGUUUGUAGUAAGGGCAAGAGAUCACGACACGGAAAUAUUCCCUGUAAAAAAUUGUAAUGAGUUCAAUUACGCAUCAAGAAUUAACGCAUGUUAUUAAAGGUGUUCAUGAUGAGUUACGAAAAUCUUAUCAAUUAAUUGGUGACUUUGAUCAUGUGUGGAACUGCCAUCUUGCAGAUGUAAACAUACGUAAAGCAUAUGCAUCAGCAAUGAUAAAAUUAGCAACAGAAGUAUGGAAUGAUAAAGAAUCUAGAAUACAUUGGAGUUACAAAACUUGUAUAGAUUAUUUUCUGAAUGAUGGUAUUAAACAUUCUUUACUACGAGAAUUAAAAAUUCAAAGAAAAUGGUCUCCUUCCUUUGGAGAAGACAUUGAGUAUUUAUGCCACUUAUCUGAAGAAAAAAACAACUAUAAAAAUUUUGAUAGGAAGCUGCAGUUGCUUGAUGUUGGGAGUUGUUACAAUCCAUUUUCCAAAUUUCCUAUCUUUGAGUGCCUAGCUAUUGAUAUAACUCCUGCAACUAAAGAUGUAGUUCAAUGUGAUUUCUUAAAAUUAAAAGUCUUACAUGAAAAUGAUGAUGCAUGCAACCAUGCUGAUUUAAGAAUACUAUAUGAAAGCAUCGAUAUUGUUGUGUUUUCUUUGGUUCUUGAAUAUUUGCCAGCAAGAGAACAACGUUUUAAAUUUUGCUUAAAAGCUUGGGAUGUGCUUCGAAAAAACGGUUUAUUAAUCAUUAUCACUCCUGAUUCCAAGAGUUUGCAACAUAAUGCUCCAAUGAUGAAGAGUUGGAAAAAAUGUUUAGAACAUAUAGGUUUCUUUCGGUUUAAAUAUGAGAAACUAACUCAUUUACACUGUAUGGCUUUUAGAAAAACAAAUCGAAUAUUAGAUUCAUCCUUUUGUUUACAGUCAUUAUCAGAACUUAUGUUUAUACCUCAAGAUUUUAAAAAAUAUGAAUUAUCAAAAACUUAUACUGAAAGAGCUGAACAUGAAAAUCUUAAUGUUAUUCAACAGUUUUCUGUGCUUCCAAGUGACUAUUCAUUUGAAAAUCAAGGCUGAAAGUUAUCCAUUAAUCUCAAAAUCUUUUUUUUUUCUUUUUAAUCAACUAAGAAAAAUUUUAUGCUUUUUAUCUUUCUGCCAUUAUAUGAUCCUGAGAACUAAAAUCAUAAAAGUGAAAUUUGCAGUUUUGCGACUUUAACACAAUUUGGCGCUAAACUUUUUUUUUUUGUCUCGCUUGAAAAGAUUUCAAGAUACUUCCAAAAAAUUGCACAAUCAGUUUUAAAAUGCCCAAAACUCUCACAAUUUGUAACAUUUGCUCAUAUUUCUUGGAUUGUAAUGGAAUCCUUACACUUAGAGCAUAAAGGGAUUAUACUAAUUAAAACUUCUUGGAUCAUAAUUAUGGAUAAAAUUUAUGUAAAUUUGUGAGAAUCGGAAGAAUUAGUAAAUUAAUUAGCUUGUAGGUGUUGAUUACCUUAUAUUGAACAAGGAUUUGUUGUUGGUAGGAAAUAGCGCUUGAAGAAAUAUGUUAAUGAAUUUAAGUAAUCAUUCAAGAAAAUUAGUAUUAUACAUUUGUGUUUCCAUCUCACAAUAAUGAAGAAAAACAAAUAUGUUCAUGUUACUGAACCAAUUUAAUCAAGAAUCAGAUUGGAUUAAUAAUAGAAUAAUAUAUUUUAUUUUUGCAUAAUCAGGAGCUUCAGUGAUUCGUUUCAAAUAUGAAUAUUUAAACAAUAAAAUCAUUAAUUUUGAAAAUGGGCGAGAAAGCCAAAGAAAGUAAUAAAGUUUCAUGUAUUGGCUAUUAAUUGCCACUGCUUUUUUCCUUACUUUUACGCACCCAAAUGUGUUAGUGGGAAAGAAAGUGUGAGAAUUAAUAAUAUAUUUUAAUAAAUGCAUAACAUUUAGCAACUGUGUAAUUUUUUUCGAAUUCUAAGCUAAUGUAUACAGAAAGAUUUUAUUCUGAACUCAACUCAAGGUUGUGAAAUUAAAAGAUUACCAAAUAUAUUAAGGUUUUUUAUUUAUUGAGAAAAUAGAUUACCAUGAAUAUUAGCUUUUAAUAACUUUAGUUUUAUGAAAUUUAGUUUUUAAAUAAUAGGAAUUAUGCUAUGCACAUUUUUGUAUGAAAGAAGAAUGAAAAAGUUUGACGCUCUUCUUAAAGUUUUGAUUGUCUAUCAGUCAAUUGUUUGGGCAUUUUUAUUUCGAUGAAAACACGUAACAAAAUAGCCAAGUAUAGCAUGCAGUACACAUUUGAAAAGCUGAUGAUCAUUAAGUGCAGGUUCUCUUGGAUGAUACCAUAUUUUAUAAUGGAGGAACUAAAAAAUAAUGUCGAUGUCUAAUUCAAAUAUAUGAUGAAAGAUGAUAAUGAUCAUAAUAAAAUUUUUAAUUCAGUAGCCGAGAUCGAGAUGCAAAAUAAAAAAGAAUAUUUUAUCUGAGUGUCACUAUGUAAAAAAAUUAAUUUUGCUUAAUAAUAGGCACAGAUCUUGGGAUAUAAAUACCUCCACGACCUGCCUACAUACAUACAUAUUCCUUUUCACACCAAAUUAGAGCAUAGGGCUUCUAUCAUAGCUUUCCAUCUCACUCUAUUUAUGGCCUGAUAUUUUGCCUCUCUCCAUGUCUUUCCUGUUGUUAUGACCUGCCUAAUCAUAAGGCAAUUCAAAAGUGUAGUACUGGAAAGAUCCAUUAAAGGUGCAUUAUCAAAAAAACACAGCCAAAAUUCACGCUAAUUUAGCCAACCCCAUGAUGUCAAAUUUUAAUUUAAAUAAUUUGGUUGAAGAUUUAAGGCUAAGGUUUAUAUAUUUGUUAAAAAUUAAAGUAAGCCUAAUAACUUACAUGCUGAUCUUUGAUGUGCUGGAAGUCUGUGUUAACGAAAAUAGACACAGCUCAAGAUGCGUGUUUAAGAAAACAGCUCAAAUUGCUUUCUUACAAAAAUGGACACGGCUCAAAACACAUGUUUACGAAAAUGGACACAACACAAAAAGUAUGUUUACAAAAAUGGAUACUGCUCUAAAUGCACGAUUACAAAACUGCACACAGCAAAAUAAUUUGCCUUUCAGUUUUCACCCUUAAUUUAGUUUAUAAAAAGUAAUGCUUACUUUUCCUUACUUAUUUAUAAACUGAGCAUAAUCUUUAUGGAAUAAAAUACUAUACAAUAUAUUAAAGAUAUAAUUUUUCAGGUGAUGUCUUCAUAUUUAGAACUCAAAUCAAAAAGUAAAUUUUAAAACUAAAUUCCUACAACCAGGGGUGAUAUAGGGAUGUUGGGUUUAUCAUGUCUAAAAACUGGAAGCAGAGCAUGUGAUUUUUCUGAGCACGUUAUAAUGACAUAAAUUUAUUACCACUAUUAUUCAAGCUAUGUUCAUUUUUGUAAACACUCAUGCUGAGCUCUGUCCAGAUUUUAAAACUCAUUGAUAAACUGUUGAAAUGCUCUUUACAAAAUCAUGUAGAUUUGCAAUAAAAUCGUCGCAAAUUAAGUGCAUCUAAGUGAUUCGUUAAAUGCGCAUUUUGAAAUUCACCAUACAUAAUCAUAGAUUUAAAAAUUUGAGAUUUUAAAAAUCAGAUGAAAACUCAUAGAAAUAAUUGUUGAAAAUAAGGUCAUAUUGGAUUUACUGUUACAUUCUGGUCGAAAUCACUUGGAUUUGCUGUUAAAUUAUCGCUAAUGGACUUCAUAGAAAAGCGAUUUAACAGAUGUGGAAUUUGAAACUCUCCUGACUAAUUAAUGUCCUAUUAAAAAUCAAUAUCUAAAAUGUGGAAAUCCGUAGCAAUAUUAACAACAACUGAAACUGCGGUUGUUAAAACCACAUAAACUUAUAAUUAAAUUAUCAACAAUUUAGUGCACAGAAAAGUAUUUAAUCAAGUGCAUGAUUUGAAACAUGCCAGAUGUAUUAAUAUAAUAUUAAAAAAUAGGGAUUUUAAAAGCCAAAUGAAAACCUGUACCAAUAGUUUUUGAAAUUUCAAUUGAUUUAUAACUAAAUCUUCGUUAAGCUAGUGCAUAGGAAAGAUAUUCAUCAAUGUUUCCAUAUUAAUUUUGCCAGUCGAAUAAUUACCAUAUUAAAAAAGUGAAAUUUUAAAAUCCUUGUAAAAAAACUGUCGUAAUAGCAACCAUAAAAGAAAAACAUGAAUUGGCGCCAAUCAAGUGCAUCAAAAAUUUAUCAUUCAGAUUCGGAAUUUGCGAUCCGUUAUAAGGUUGUAUUAAAAUUUCGAGAUAUGAAAAACAUCUGUACCAAAAGCUAGCGGAAAAGUAAUCAACCAAACGCACGAGAAUUCACGGUAGUAUCGUUGUGUAUUGAAUGUCGAGAAUUGAUACAUAAUUCAAACCUGCUAUUCAAAAUUCGUCUUUCAUAAAAAUGAAUCUAAAAAGUUCAAAAUUUUGAAAACAAUACACAAAUCUGUUGCAAUAACAGCAGAAAAACGUCAUUGGCAUAAAAAAAAAUUUCGAAUUUUACAGAAAAUUAAUGAAGUUUGGCUUAGCUGUUAUACACCAAAGAGCCAUUACAUUUUGACCACCCUGCUAAUAAUAUGUAGGACCACCUUUAGCCCUCAAAACUGCUCGCACCUGCCGUGGCAUUGAUUCCACAAAGUGCGGAUAGGUAGUCUGAGAUAUCUGGUACCAAGCGCUCACCAACUGGUCCUGCAAUUCCCUCAUAUUGCAAGGGGGUAGCGUGGCAGCACAAAUUUGGUUUUCUAAGUAGGACGACAAAUGCUCUAUUGGAUUAAGGUCAGGUGAAUUUGGGGGCCAAGACAAGACUUGAAAGUCACUGGAAUGUUCCUCGAACCAAUCCAUGACGAUUCGACCCUUAUGACAUGAUGCAUUAUCCUGUUGGUAAACACCAUUCCUCGCAGGAAAAACUGUUGCCAUGAAUGGAUGAACCUGGUCUGCAACUAUGUUCAAGUAGCUUACAGGCGUCGGGGAUCGUUCUAUGAGGAUUAUGGGUCCUAAUGUGCCCCAUGAAAACAUUGUUCCUGGGCGAGAAACCAUGAAAACCUGGGCGAGCCCAUUGUUAUAGAUGGAGGGUGGUCAUAAUGUAAUGGCUCUUCAAUGUAUAUUAUACAACAAAAACUUUCAUAUGGAUCAUGAGGAUUUGAAUAUCCAUUUGUUUCAUAUAGCAACAUUGCAUUACAUUAUAUGUAAGCGUAUAUAUGGUAGCGGUAGAAUGUAUUUCAAAACCGUCAAAAAGGUAUCUUUUCUGUAAUUUGUGUUAAAUGGUGAUGAAGCUCAAAUUAUUGCUCUUUCGAGAUUUUGAAACUUUUUUCUUUGCAUACAAAAAGGAAUGAAAUCUCUAAAUCAUAAAUUAAUUUCCAUAAUUUUCAGCUCUUUUUAAAAUUGUGUAUUUUCAUGGCUGUAAAAUCAGUGUUUCUGCCUUAUGUUUGCGAUUAUUUCAUAAAUUUGUAUACUAGUGAUUUGCAUAACAUAUUAUUUAUGGUACGUGAUUUUUGUAAAAGUAUAGCAGAAAAAUCCUGUAAAUUCUAUAAUAUGUAUUAUAUUGGACAAUCUUGUAAUAAAUUACACUUAAGAAAUAA